CCUAAGGCAUUUUAGCAACAAUCCCUUAACCAGUAUUUCCCUCGCAAGUUUUCAACUGGCCAGCCUCGACCUGUGUUGGGAUUCGGCACAUAAUUAUUUCAGCCACCCGAUAUCGAUGGCCGGAUUCAAAAUACCGGAAAUCGUAUCGAAAAUAUCGACAACUCUUUUACUAAAUAGGAGUUCUCACACGCAAGCAUUAAAACCGCGACAACGAUGUUAAAUACAGGUAGGCAGGUAGGCAGGCAUCUCUCGAGUUUUGCCAUGGCCUUCUCAAUGCCGUCCAAGGAGCUGCUCCCCCCUGAGAUCGACUUCUUCCUGGUCUUGCCGUCUGAUUUCGACAAGCGUUGGGGUGUAUACGCCCUCGUCCUGACCAAGGAUAGUUUCGAUCCCUUCGUUUACAUCGGCUCAUCUCGCAUGCGAAACUAUGAUACACUCAUUGGUAUUUCCUACCCUGUUGCUGACGAUCUCGCCUGCGGCUUCAAGACUGCUCACAAGGGCCUGCUCGUCCGGCGUCCGAUGUUCUCGCUACAUCGACUCCCCAGGACGACUCUGGUCCUCAUCGUCAUUAAUACCAUCUGCUCCUUCUGGUUCUGA